AUGGCGCUCAAUUCGCAAUUCAUUGCUUCCAUACUGUCUGCAAGAAAUGAGAAUAGCUUCUCGCUUGCGAAUGCAAACGUGGACUUUGCUCUUGUCAGAGUGGAAGUUCCUAAGCAAUUCGAAGGAUUGGGUAACGCGCUCUCGCAGCACCGUCGACAAAAUGCCGAGUCCGGACCACAGCAUAGAAUAGCUCGCAGGCUCGGGGCCUUGUUCGAGCAGAUCAUUCCGAACAUCGACAUUCUUACUGCUGCAUAUGGGGAGAGAGCCUCGGAAAUUGCGACUUCGCCUAUAUUCGAUCUGAAGAACGCUGAUCACGGUCCAUUUUCUGGGCAUGUGGGAGUGGACGGCACUUCUAUCUACGCAGCAGCAUCUUCUGGACCAAGUAUAAUCGCACUACAUCUGCUUGCUUGUAUGCUGGCUCGGAUGUUUUCCAAUGUUGAGGCCACGGCCAUCUGGAUGCAGCUCGUUGACGGUCGGCUGAAAAAUCUUGAAAAGGUUUCCGAGACUUCUCAAAUACAGGGUCUUGCAGCUUUAUAUGCGGUGGACCAAGGUCGUCAGAUCUUGCGAGACGAUCUGGCGAGCUGGGACGCCAGCGCACGAGCGUGGUUGCAGACCGCGAACGAAGUGAAGAAGCGCGAGGAUACACAACUGAAACUCAUUGUCAAGAAUAUUCCAUCGAUACACAGCUCCGGUACAACCUACUCGAACGUGGUGGAGAACUGGAUUUUGGCGAUGAAGACGACCCAGGAUCUGAUCCAGGGCGUACCACAGGAUGUAACAAAUGGUUCCGUAAUAUUGGGACUCAUGUCAUGGCACAUCUAUCCAGACUUGAACGUCUUCUCUCCGAACCGAGAUGUUAAGUUUAAUGACCGGCUUGUUAAGCCUGGGGGAGUCAUCACACUUGGGCUGGAGGCAAAAGAGAAGAAUUGCUCUGGAGUUAGCUGA